CGACAUCCAAAGUUGCCUGCAAGAUGUAAAAACAAAAACUGCAAUGAAAGGUAAGCACUGUUUCUCUUGUUCAUAGUUUUAUUCCAAGGUAACCACACAUGUUUGUUUGUUCCUCAAAAUGUUAUGUAAGCAUGUUUAACUUUAUCAGUAAAUAUGAUUGCAUCCGUUUUGUGUAUGGAUUAAGAUUAAAGAAAAACCCCUUUUAGUGAAGCAACUGAAGAUUUUCAUUCCGAAUUUAAAUAACUUGCAGUGUAGAAGUCACCACCAAUAUAAUAUACCAUUUUUCGUUUUGAAAUACUAAACAAACUAUUUUCAAAAUGGCGCCUUACGGUUACUUUUCCGUAUUUGCGUCGCUGUUAGGUUUGGUAUGUUUUCCCGUCUUCGCAGAAGCGCAACUGAAAACCGUUGUUCUGCCGCCGGUUUCGCAGGGAACCGAGUUGUGUCUCAUCAUCAUCCCCGGUGCGGAAAUUCCGGGCGAGUUGUACCGCCCAGUCGCGGAGGCUAUACAGAGGUUCACGCCAGCCGAGUUGUGGGUUGGGCUGACCGCGGGCUUCGCCGCGGACACCCCAAACCCCUUGCAGCUGUCAGACGCCAUUGACUUGGCGCUGGCCGAUUUGAAGGCCGCAGGGAUGAGCCGAUUCGGAGUGCCUACAUUCAUGGCAGGGCACUCCCUCGGAGGCACGUUUGUCCAGGACUACGUCGCCUCCAAUGCCAACCAGGUCUCGGGCCUCCUCCUAUGGGGCUCAUACCUGACGGGAACCAACCGUGUCUUGGCUGACUACCCGGUACCCGUCAUGCACUUAUCUGGAGACCUGGACGGGCUGACGCGCAUCACAAGACUAGCUGAUGUGUACAGCGAGAUGGACGCUUUAGAAGCCACCAAUCCCGGCUCCCAAUUCCGCUAUCCCGUCGUCCUUCUGGAAGGCGUCAACCACGGCCAGUUUGCCUCCGGUGACAUGCCUCCGAACGUCGUAGCCAAUGACAUUCCCUCGAACCUCACCUUCACCGAAGCGCACGAUCUGAUUGGCCAAGCCUCGGCCGACUUCAUCAUGCUGACCUUCGCCGCGUUGCCUGAUCAGAAGGACCGGAUCGAGAAGGGGUUGGAGGGAACCGGCGAAUUGCUGGUACCCUUGAUGAAGGCAAAGAGCAUGGAGCAGGAUGGAGAGAUGUCACCGUGGGUGCUGUACGCACAGGAGAUGGUCAUCAACGUCCCAAAAGAUCUUGCCGAUCGCCUCAUCGUCAAGAACAAUGCUUACAGCGGUCUGCUAGGCUUUGCCGAAUCCAAGCCCUCUGUGACCAAGGAAGCAACAGGCGUCGUGACGGUGAAGUCCAGGGCCAAAACUGACCUCCCGCGGAACCUGGCCGACAUCUCAUUGGUGGAGCAGUCGGCCAAUGAGAUUGCUGGGAAGAUGAAGCGACAGGAGGCGGUCCGGGAAGUGCUGGGCGGCGAGCGGUAUAAUGACACUGUGUCAUGCCAAGAAAUUAACAUGAUGGCUCUCAAGUGGGCGCUAGGCGAGGCAUCCUCCGUUGCCCGCAGUCGCUAUGGUAACCAGGGCAGGCAGAUGCAGUUCAAUUCUGACAUCCUUACUCUAACCGGCUCUAGUUGGCUUUCCGGGAAGUUGCGUCUGACGUACACGCCAACUGGCGAUCUCGUUGUCACAUCUGUUGUCCUACUCACUCCUGCAAUGUUUCCCAUCCAGAGCAUUGCAGGCAUGCAAUACUGCAAACUACUCUCCCCAUACAGGGCCAUGGAAUGGAUCUAUGUCGACAGCUUGCGUCCGUACCAAGGUUAUUGAGGGACCCAAAAGGCUAGACUAUUGUCCUCCGACUGAUUGAAUCACUGACCGAAUCACUGAGUGAGUGACUGACUGAUGACUAGCCGAGUGCCCCCCCCCCUCCAACAUGCCUAACUGACAGACCGACUAUAAACCGAAUAAUGACAGACUGUCUAGCUGACUUAAUGACGUCACCGUUUUGACGAAGUGACACAUCUGUGCACACAGAUGCAAAAUCGAGUUUUGAGAAAAUUGCGUUUGAAGUUGGUGGAUUUUUCAAUUGGCAUUUUUGUGUACAUUUCUCCCCCGGAAUUGAAAAAUAUAUAACUGAGACAAUAGCCCAGGAGUUGAAUAGCCCAAAACAAUUCUCUCCGUUCAUCAAAUCAUGUUUAAUUAGAAGAUAUUAAUUACUAAAGAUAUCCAUCACUUCGUCAAAACGGAAAAUCUGCUUCUUAACAAAAAUGAGGCAUGUGUUUGUACACAGCGCGUGCGCGCAUAUCAAAUGUAUACAUUUUCGAACGCAGAUGCGUCGCUUUGUCAAAACGCAAAUCGUGGAGGCUUCAUAUUUCUAAAUAUAGCACACGUGUAAACUCAAUGAGACUAAGUGACACAUUCAGAUUCGUCACUUCGUCAAAACGAAAAACUUAGUGUGUAGCACUUUCAACACUUUGUGCAAUUAGCGUAAUUUACAAACGAUGGAAUGUUGUGUCUCGAAAUUUGGUUAUUAUAUAGAGGACAUCAUAAAAUGUUAGAAUAUCCAAAAAUCUCAGAUUUCAGAAAAUCUCGGUUUUGGACGGAUGCGUCACUUAUUCAAAUAGUGACGAUGAGUCACUGCAGACUGACUGACCAACUGAUCGAGUGUAAAACUAUCAACUGAGAAUUUUGGGUUUGGCUUGUCUAGGCAACCUUAGCCUUGCAACUGAAGAAAAUAAAAUAUGCCUAGCUGCACAAUGAUUUCAAACUG